UAGACAGACGCUAAACUCAGCUGAGCUCUGACCAGAGUUCAGCAUUUUGGUAUCCGGGCGCCUCUUGUGACAGUCAGCUGAUCUCGACCCGGAUAUAUGAAAGCUCUGAGCUCUCCUGUCUGACAACAAGUGCACUCAUAAUUACUUUUAAACGGGUAAAAAUGGCCACAAACCCGCCCAAGUUAAAGACUGCGAAAGCUGCUAAUGAGAGGAUGAAAAACUUGAAAGAAACAUUUGAGUCAAAGUUUGGGGAACCUCCUCUCUUCUAUGCAUGUGCACCUGGAAGGGUAAACCUAAUAGGAGAGCACAUCGAUUACUGCGGCUAUUCUGUGCUUCCGAUGGCCAUUGAGCAGAAUAUCCUCGCAGCCGUGUCAGUGAACAAUUCAGGAACAAUCCAGCUGGCCAACAAGAAUCCUCAGUACAAGGAUUUCAGUGUGUCGUGUUCAGAGGAAAUCACCAUAGACAGAGACAAUCCACAAUGGUAUUAUUAUUUUCUCUGUGGAGUUAAAGGUAUUCAGGAGAAGUUUGGGCUAAAGCAUUUAGCAGGGAUGUCCUGCAUCGUAGAUGGAACAAUCCCUCCGAGCUCCGGUCUGUCCAGUUCUAGUGCCUUAGUUUGUUGUUCUGGCCUCGUAACAAUGGAGGCAAAUCAAAAGUCCCUCUCCAAGGUGGCUCUUGCUGAGAUUUGUGCCAAAAGUGAGCGUUACAUUGGCACAGAGGGCGGCGGCAUGGACCAGUCCAUUUCAUUCCUGGCAGAGAUGGGAACUGCAAAGCUGAUAGAGUUCCAGCCCCUGCGUGCUACUGAUGUCAAACUCCCUGAUGGUGCUGUGUUUGUGAUUUCCAACUGCUGCGUGGAGAUGAACAAAGCCGCUUCUUCUCACUACAACAUCCGUGUGGUGGAGUGUCGGAUCGCCACAAAGAUGUUGGCCCAGGCACGGGGGCUGGACUCGAGCAGGUUACUGAAGCUGGCUCAGGUUCAGGUGGAGCUGAAGGCUUCCCUGGAGGAGAUGCUGGCUCUGGUGGAUGAGGUGCUGCAUCCCGAGCCUUACAGCCGAGAGGAGAUAUGCAAGGUGCUGGGUGUCACUUCGGAGCAGUUUUCGACGGAGCUGCUCAGCGCUAACACUCAGGAAAUGACGCAGUUCAAGCUUCAUCAGCGAGCCAAACAUGUGUACGGGGAAGCUGCACGAGUGCUGCAGUUUAAGAGCGUGUGUGACUCCAAACCCGCAGAGUCUACACGGCUGCCGGGAGAGCUGAUGAACCAGAGCCACGCAAGCUGCAGAGACCUCUACGAGUGCAGCUGCUCUGAACUGGACCAACUGGUGGAUAUCUGUCUGAAGUCAGGGGCCAUGGGAUCCCGGCUGACAGGAGCAGGCUGGGGAGGCUGUGCUGUCUCCAUGGUUCCCAGUGAGAAGGUGGAGUCUUUCUUACAAGCCGUUCGAGAAGAAUACUACCUCCCUGAUCCACACAGGGCAGCUAUGGAAAAACAAAGUCUGUUUGUAUCAAAGCCAGGCGGCGGAGCUGCAAUUUUCCUCGAGGAGUGAUAUACAUAGUCUGUGUCUGUUUACACCUGAAUCAUUCAGUUUCAAUUACUGAUGGAGGGAAAUAAAUAGGUUUUUCUUACACUUGGGGCUAAUGCUAUGAUAACUGCUGUUUUUACCUCUUUACUCUUUACAGAUUAUGCUGUAAUACAAGAGCCAAAAAUGUACUUCAGUGGUGCACUCAAGCUUGUUUUUUUAUUAUGUUUUGGUGUAAGAUUUUCGUGAGAAGUCAUUGUCUGUCUGGUCAAAUCACACAAUUUGUUUUUUUUUUUUUUAAUUUAAAAAAAGGUAGCAAAUAAAAAAAAAAGUGCUUU